ACAGGGUAAGCAGUGGUCUCGAGUCGUCAGAUCUAAACAAGUUUUUUUUUAAAGAUAUAUCGCCUAUUAUAUACGAAUGUAACGAGUUGAUUCGGAUCAGUUCUUUAGCGGUCGUAUACAUGGUCGACGCUGCGCGAUGAAGUGGUUUAUUUCUCAAUAACUGUGAUCUGUUCUGUGCGUGCCAAUUGAUUUAUAUUUUAUAUGGAUCGUGAGAUUCAAUGCUGUGCGUCGUAGUAAUUGCUACUAGUUCAGUAAGAAGGUAGCAGUAAAGUCUACUGCUAACGUCUAAAAUGACGAAAUCACUAAAGAUGGGAUACAUUACCAAGGGAAGUUCAGAACAGACUAAGAAUAUAAAACUUCAGCUGUUCGUGUACUUGGUGCUUGGAGUGACCUGCCUCUCUGUGGCACUCUGCACGGUACUAGUGGAUCCUAUACGCAUCAUUUCCGUCUAUUACGCCCGCGUGGGUCCCGGCACCCUCCUAGACGUGGCGCUGAAGAAGGAAACCGACAGCAUUCACCUUUCUGCCUACCUCUUCAACAUCACCAACGCUGACCGGUUCGCCAGUGGAGAGGAUGACAAGCUCAAGAUGGAAGAAGUUGGUCCUUUUACUUAUCAAGAGAAUCGCACGAAUGAUGACAUGGAGAUAGACCUGGACGCUGGAGUGGUGCGGUACACCCCUCGACACAGGGUUACCUUCCUGCCUGAGGAGUCAGUCGGAAGGCCAGAGGAUAUGGUGCUGACCAUGCCUAACAUUGCUAUGCUGAGCAUGGCAUCAGGAGUAUCCACUUACGGGUAUUUCGCGAAAAUGGCGUUCAACAUGCUAGCAGCUCGGCUGGGAAGUGAACCCACUGUCAAUAUAACAGCCCACGACUACCUGUGGGGUUACAAUGAGCCGCUCAUCAGUCUGGGGAACAGCAUCCUGCCUGGAUGGAUCAAUUUUGAUACCUUAGGCGUUUUGGAUAGACUGUACGAUGAGAAGGCGCCUCUCAGGGUGGAAGUGAGCGCUCAUAACGACGACAAGUUUAUGAUCAAAUCAGUUAAUGGCGUCAGUGGGCUGCCAAACUGGGGGUAUCCGGAUACCAGGUCAUCUUGCAACAGUUUCAACAACAGCUACGAAGGCAUCAUCUAUCCACCAGACAUGUCUGCUGAAAGACCUCUGAAGAUCUAUCGCAACGUCCUCUGUCGGUUCAUGGAGCUGGAGUACGUGGAGGACAAGAUCACGGACUAUGGAGCCACCGGCAUGUGCUUCCAAAUCACCAACAACAGCUACAGCAAGAUCCCUGAGAAUGAGUGCCUCUGUGCCAAGGGGAUCUGUCACGAUGGGAUCUCUGAUUUGUCCCCUUGUUUUUAUGGUCUGCCAGUCGUUCUAUCAAACGCUCACUUUUUGGAUUCAAACCCGCUGUUGUACGACCGCAUCGAGGGUAUGAAACCUGACAGAGAGCAACAUGGGAGCGAAUUUAUGAUAGAUCCUAUCAUCGGUCUGGUGAUGGCGACGAAGUUCUCGGUGCAGGUGAACGUGCUGCUGCGCGACGUCAGCUUCAAUUCCAAGCUCACCAAGUACUCCGAUAUGUUCGUGCCCAUCGUCAACAUAAAAAUUGUCCAACCAAAACUAGCAGACGAUCAAAUCGCGACUCUUCGAUUGAUGCACGUCUAUGCGCCAUACAUACUGCUGGGAGUCCAGUUAACCUUGGUACUAUCUGGGCUCCUCCUUCUAGCACAUUCUGCGAGAAUUCUCUACUGGAACUGGAUAUCAUCUAGAAGAAAAGGCUUGGGAUUCACUUGUGAAAGAAUAAACGUGAAGGAAACUUUAAGCACUGAACCACUUAUGAACAUAAUAAGAUAACACUUUAAAACAGCGCCAUCUAUUAGAUGUUUAUAGAAACAAUAUAACUAAUUUUUGUAGAAAAAUUAUGACGUAAUAAAUCACGCUCUUGAAUGGACAUUAUAGAUACAUUUUGUUAACCUAUGAGCAUGGUUUUUAUGGUGCAGGUGCAGGUUUUUAGAAGGAAAUAAAUAGACGCUUAACCAGCAACCUAAUUACUACAUAGACUAUGUAGAAACAACAGGUCUUUAUUAUAAGACUGUAAAUAGUUAUGUUUAAGAAAUAAGGUACUUCGGUAUAUGGUAAUGUGACGUCAGUGAUAAGUGGAUUGUAAAUAUAUAGAUAUAAUAGACUAUUAAUUUAUACACCUUGAAAUAUAUUUCGUUCGGUAACACAAUAGUUUUACAAAGAAAUAAGUUAUUUAAAACCAAAAUAACUGGUGAACCAUUGCUUCAAACUUCGAAAUGGCACAAAUACUCAUAGUACAUUAUCAAAACAUCACGCCAUGUAAUUCUCGAAGAGGUAUUUCUCAUCAUUACCACAUUAAGUCUGAUAGUAUUCCAUGUGCGUAUUACCAUGAAUAAUUGUUUUAAACUUAAAAAAAUGAUAAUGGCAAGUUGUUUUGCCGCGGGACGAAAACGAAAUAAUUAUAUUUUAUGGUGUAUAUUUAACUUGGAAUAAGUGGGAUGUUUGGAACUUUAUAAUUGGUUGCAUCGAAAGCAAAAGUGUCAUACAAGAAUAGUGAUCAAUAGUGAUAAAACUACUAACUAAAUAUUUAGUUAAUGAAAUUAGUUAAUAAGUAACUAUUAUUAA